AUGACUGUUGCUACUGGAGAUCCCACAGAUGAAGCAGCAGCUUUGCCUGGUCAUCCUCAGGACACUUAUAAUCCAGAAACUGAUCAUGAAUGUUGCGAGAGAGUGGUUAUUAAUAUCUCGGGCCUUCGGUUUGAAACACAACUUAAGACACUUGCUCAGUUUCCUGAGACCUUAUUGGGAGAUCCUAAAAAGAGAAUGAGAUAUUUUGAUCCUCUCCGGAAUGAAUAUUUCUUUGACCGAAACAGACCCAGCUUUGAUGCUAUUUUAUAUUACUACCAAUCGGGUGGCAGACUGAGACGGCCCGUUAAUGUAACCUUGGACAUCUUCUCAGAAGAAAUAAGGUUUUAUGAACUUGGUGAAGAAGCUAUGGAGAUGUUUCGGGAGGAUGAAGGUUAUAUCAAGGAAGAAGAACGGCCUUUACCAGAAAAUGAAUUUCAGAGACAAGUAUGGCUUCUCUUUGAAUACCCAGAAAGUUCUGGACCAGCCAGGAUUAUAGCAAUUGUCUCAGUCAUGGUCAUCCUAAUCUCUAUCGUAAGUUUCUGUUUAGAAACUUUGCCUAUAUUCCGUGAUGAUGCUGAAGGCAUGCAUGGUAGCAGUAGCAACCCCAGCCCUUAUUCCAACAGCACAAAGGGGUCUCAGAAGCAAACAUCUUUCACAGACCCCUUCUUUAUAGUAGAAACACUCUGCAUAAUUUGGUUCUCCUUUGAAUUCCUGGUGAGAUUCUUUGCCUGCCCUAGCAAAGCUGGUUUUUUUACCAAUAUCAUGAACAUCAUUGAUAUUGUUGCUAUUAUUCCGUACUUCAUCACACUUGGCACAGAGCUGGCUGAGAAACCGGAAGACGGCCAACAAGGUCAACAGGCUAUGUCUCUUGCUAUCCUUCGAGUCAUCCGCUUGGUGAGGGUGUUCAGGAUCUUCAAACUUUCCAGACACUCCAAGGGAUUGCAAAUCCUGGGACAGACUCUUAAGGCCAGCAUGAGGGAGCUAGGCCUCUUGAUAUUUUUCCUCUUCAUUGGUGUCAUCCUUUUCUCUAGUGCUGUCUAUUUUGCAGAGGCUGAUGAGACUGACUCUCAGUUCCCAAGCAUCCCUGAUGCUUUUUGGUGGGCUGUGGUUUCCAUGACGACAGUUGGCUAUGGAGACAUGGUCCCCACGACCAUAGGUGGAAAAAUAGUUGGCUCCUUGUGUGCCAUUGCAGGUGUACUAACAAUUGCCUUACCAGUGCCGGUUAUAGUGUCCAAUUUCAACUACUUCUAUCACCGUGAGACAGAAGGAGAGGAGCAAGCUCAAUACUUGCAAGUAACCAGCUGCCCAAAGAUCCCUUCUUCCCCUGACCUAAAGAAAAGCAGAAGUGCCUCCACUAUUAGUAAGUCUGAUUAUAUGGAGAUACAAGAAGGUGUGAAUAAUAGCAAUGAGGACUUUAGAGAGGAGCACUUGAAAACAGCCAAUUGCACCCUAGCUAACACAAACUAUGUUAAUAUAACUAAAAUGUUAACUGAUGUCUAG